AUGGACCCUUCCGAGCAGUCUCCCGAUCGAAGUUCCCAUUCUGACCGCCACCAUUGUCACCAUCGCCGUCAGACUUCAGAAGAUGCCAUCAUUUCCUUCAAUGAAUAUAUCAGGCGCAUGUUUGAAAAUUUGUUUCGCGGGCUGGAGCAGCAGUACCGUCAGAUUGGAACAAACUAUGGAAGUGGUGCAGUACAAAGUACACAGGGAUAUGAUUGUAGUUUUGGAAAUUUUGGACAGAUUGUGAACAACGCUACGGAAUUUGCGGUCGAAAUGAACGUUGCGCAAUUUCGUCCAGAAGAUUUGAAAGUGAGCCUGCGAAACGAUGAGCUCAUCAUUGAGGGCCAUCAGAAGCAGCAGCGCGACCAGUACGGUACUGUUGAGAGACACUUCGUGCGUCGCUAUGCCAUUCCCGACGAUGUCGAUCGGACUACACUGGCAUCCAAUAUAACCGGUGAUUAA